UGGAAGGGAAGGGAAGAAGACGAAGAGGUGGAAUGUUCGUUUUAUGAGGAUUUACCAGUAACCACCCUCCGAUAAGCCACCAAAAGCGGCAGCCCUUUCUCUUUCCCAUCAAACCAUUAACAGAACGCAACACAACACAACACAAUUUUCCUUCUUCUAUACCUUCUCCUUUCCUUCCAUUCCAGAGCCAACGCAGGGCCCGACCACGAGAUCUGACCCUGCCCUGCUCGCCUCUGUUCUCCUCCCUAUAGCAUGAAUGACUGAACCCACUCGCCGGCACAAUCAUUUUCCUUCGCUAAUUCCAUAUAUGACCCCGCCUCCGCCAUGAAAGAUCGGAGGAAACGCAAUGUCGUUUCUUGGAUCGCCAUCUUCUGGUGCACCCUCCUCGUUCUCCCCUUCCUCCUUUUCAUCACUUUUCGUCUCUUCUCCGGUGAUACCUUUCAACCAGAGCUGGUUCACACGCGGCACACUCCGGUGAAUAGCGCCGUUUCCGAUGAUUCCUCUGUUAAUUUACGGUAUUCCCUUCAGGAAACGGUGACCCUACCCGAUCAAGCUCUCGUUUUCAUCAACCACCCACGAACUGUUCGACCAUUUGCCAUAAGGGAUAUCGCCUGCAUUUAUUUCUCCGGGAACUCGUCGGUGCCCCACAAGCGGCGGCGGCGGCCGAUCGGCUUGGAUAAUGAGGAGAGUCUUCAAAAGCAAAUAGUCCGGUGCCCACUCCCCCCUCGCGGGUCUAGAGUUUCAAUUAAAGUGAGAUCCAAGUCCCAUCUCCGAGGUGGGGAGUCGCACCGGUGGGACUCUCUUGCGUAUGAAGCACUAAUGGACCGAGACAACACCACCAUUGUCUUUGUGAAAGGCCUCAAUCUACGCCCUGAACGACUCACCAACGCAUCGAAAUUCGAGUGUGUUUUUGGGUGGGAUUUUCGGAAGGUCAAGUUUCUGCUAAGGUCCGAGGUCAUGUCGCUUGCCCAAGAAGUUGCGCGCUGUAGAACACCAAUUAGUUUGCACGGCAAUCCCAAUAGAAUCCAUGAUGCAAUUAAAGUCUCCAUUAGAAUUAAAGGCGGCGGAAUUUUGAAAUCAGUAGCCCGCCCAUUGCCCUUAUCAGAAUCCUCCGCACCACCCCCCCGGAAGCCCCACGAGAUGUGCAUAUGCACAAUGCUGCGAAACCAAGCACAGUUUCUUAAAGAAUGGAUCAUUUACCACGCCCAUCUCGGCGUCAGCCGCUGGUUCAUCUACGACAACAACAGCGACGACGACAUAGAAGACGCAAUUGCAUCAAUCUCCAGUGUCAAACACAAUAUUUCCCGAUAUAUCUGGCCCUGGAUUAAGACCCAGGAAUCUGGUUUUGCACAUUGUGCUUUACGGGCUCGUGAUUCUUGCAAUUGGGUCGGAUUCAUUGAUGUUGACGAGUUUUUCUACUUGCCAAGUGGUUUGUCUCUACUGGACGUGCUCACAAACCAAGCCAAAAACACCACGGUUGGGGAGAUUCGCGUGUCCUGCCACAGCUUCGGGCCAUCGGGGCUGAAACGGAAGCCGCCACAGGGCGUGACGGCUGGGUACACGUGCAGGAAAGCGGUGCCGGAGCGGCACAAGAGCAUAGUGAACCCGGAGGUUUUGAACUCCACAUUGAUCAACGUGGUGCAUCAUUUCCACUUGAGAGAUGGGUUUCAGUAUGUGAAUUUGGAUCGGAGUGAGAUGGUCAUAAACCAUUACAAGUACCAAGUUUGGGAAGUGUUUAAGGAGAAGUUUUACAGGCGUGUGGCGACGUAUGUGGCGGAUUGGCAGGAUCAGCAGAACGUGGGGUCGAAGGACAGGGCACCAGGGCUGGGGACUAAGGCAGUAGAACCAGAGGACUGGUCGAGCCGGUUCUGUGAGGUCAAUGACACUGGGGUAAGGGACCUGGUGCUGGACACGUUGACCGAUUCAAAAACCCAUCUUUUGCCUUGGCAAGAAGAGCCCAGUCGAGGAAGGAGGAGGGUCAGGAAGAAGAGGAAGCACAAGGGAUUCUUAUGAGUCUUAUAGACUUUUAAUUUGAACAUGUGUAGUGGUUUCCUUUUUUGUGUUUUUUUUUUGUUUUUGAAUCAUAUAAUAAUGUAUUUUGGUUAGGGGUGAUAAUUGAUUGAUAGAUAAAGUCAUUCUUUCUCCUA